AUGAGCGGCGACAAUCCGGAAACUGCGUACAAGGGCGAUGCCCCCCAUCAAGACCAAGAGCCUGGUCGAACUAUGCGCAGCGAUCAACGCGACUACUCAGUAUUCAGUGUCAAUCAAAAGAGAACUAUUGUCAUGGUUGGUUCUUUGGCGAGUUUCUUUUCACCUCUAUCGUCGAGCAUCUACUUUCCAGCACUGGACACUAUCGCCGCGGCGUUGAAUGUAUCGACAUCGAGAGUGGACCUCACUGUAACGACAUAUUUAAUCAUGCAAGGAAUUGCGCCCAUGUUUAUAGCAGGCUUCUCUGACGCUGCGGGAAGACGGCCGGCAUAUAUCAUCUGCUUCACAAUCUAUCUCGCUGCAAACCUCGGUCUCGGUCUCCAAAACAGCUACGCCGCUCUCCUUGUCCUGCGAUGUAUACAAAGCGCGGGCAGUAGUGGUACUGUAGCACUCGCAAACGGCUUGGUGGGCGACAUGAUCACCUCUGCGGAGCGAGGUUCUUACAUCGCUUUUGCCUCCCUCGGGAGCAUGUUGGGCCCGUCGUUAUCCCCUAUCGUCGGUGGAUUACUUAGCCAGUAUCUUGACUGGCACUGGAUUUUCUGGUUUCUUCUUAUCUUUUCGGGAGCAUUUUUCCUGCCUCUUUUACUCUUCUUACCUGAAACGUGCCGAAAAGUCGUGGGGGAUGGAUCAAUACCACCACCGCCGUUGAACUCCUCAGUGACUGACUUAAUUCGACAUCGUAGACGAGCAAGAAGAGGCCAGGCUGUUUCUCCAGAGACGAUCAACAAAGUCCGAGAGAAUUACGCUAUUCGUUUCCCUUCACCACUCCCGACUUUGAAAGUUACACUCGAUCCGGAGACCGGGGCGAUCUUACUCACAACCGGAUUGUUGUACGCUGGUUUCUAUGCGGUCAUGACUGGGGCUACAACCAGUUUCCACGAAAUAUAUAAGUUCAACAAUAUCCAGACCGCCUUAAUGUACAUUCCAAUCGGCGCAGGAGGAAUUGCCUCCGCCAUGACAACAGGUCGGCUCAUGGACUGGAACUUUCGUCGGUACGCGAAGCAGGCCGGAAUGCCGAUCGUGAGAAACAGGCAACAAGACAUUUCUCAUUUCAACAUUGAGAAAGCCAGGCUCGAGGUCGCUUUGCCCAUGUACUAUUUGAGCUGCAUAUCUAUGGUUGCUUAUGGCUGGGUUGUUGGUCGGAAGGUUAGCCUCGCAGCCCCUGUGAUCCUUUUGUUUAUCUCGGGGUGGUCUCUCAACGCGACCUCUCAAGUCCUAAACGCUUUGAUGGUUGACAUCUGGCCGGGACACUCGGCAGCGGCAACGGCAGCAAACAAUCUGCUGCGCUGCGAACUGGGGGCCGCGGCUUCGGCUGCAAUUAGUCCCAUGCGAGUGGCCAUGGGCUGGGGCUGGGCAUACUCGACGAUUGCACUGAUAUCAGUAGCCGUGUCGCCUACCCUGUGGUUGAUGACAAGCCAUGGAAUCAAAUUGCGACAGAGGCGAACGGAAAAGGAAAAGUCAUCUAAAUCCCAACCUCGAGAAAGACUUUGA